AUAAGAGGGCAUUCACAUGCAGGCCACAAUGCUACGGUGCAAAAGAUGAAGCAAUGUAGUCCUCACGUGCAGUUGUUGUGGUACCUUAUUUGAGAGCGAUCCAAUGAGACCAUUCUACGUGCACGAGGGAAAAGCUGAGGGACUGCGCGAAAUACUGACCUACUUUCAUGGCGUAUUAACAGCAGCCUAUACUUCAGCAAGCACAAAAUCAACAGGAACUUGCAAGUUGCACACAACCUUUGUUGUGUAUUUAUUUGUUAGCCACUUAUUUCGCUGCUUGCUCAUGUGAGACUUCACUGACGUCGAAACAGCACACUGUGAAGCUGAUCUGUGAUGGUCUUCCUGUGGCCAGCCUCUGCGUCUUUGAGAAUGAACACCUUGCUGUCCACACCAGCAAUAUAUUGCACUAUUCUGCAGCUUUCAGAGCACAACUUUGUCCCUAUUUGUGCAUGGACAUCAUGUUCAUUGUUCCUGAAGUUCCUUAACAAGCCACAUUUCUGUUGGUCCUUUGAGAAUCGGCAGCACGACUUACCGUCCUCAUCUCCUAUUGCAAAGCCUGCACUUGCUGUUAGCCAUCACAGUCACUUCAUUAUGCAUUUCUUGAUUACAUAGGAUUGACAUAGCAUACACUCCACUGUUUUAACUUGAUUGUUGUUUCUGGCAGCCUCCACAAGAUACAAAAUUGUAAAAUUCCCCAAUGAGGACAACCAGGUGGCAGUCGUGCCAUCCACAUGGGUGGUCGGCACAGAAUGUUUUUGGCCACACCAGAGAAGGAGGAGAAAAAGGUGGGAUUCUAUGUAAGGAAAAACAAGCCCCCUGGAAUGCACUGGCGAUUUCUGGAGUGUGAGGAAAUGGAAGCAUAUGAAAGCUGUGAGGAGGCACGAAAAAUGCUCCCCAUUGCCACAAACACCUCUGACCUCAACGGUGAGCUGGAGUGCGGAAGGGGAAAAAGACGCAGAAUCAGAAGGUUGCCGUCCGACGAUGAUAGCCCUCCGCCUGUCACACCUCCCCGCCGCCGCCAACCAACAUGCAAUGAAGGCCAUGCAGCCAGCAAAAGGCACACCCAAAGGAGGAAGCAUCUUCCUCAACUUUCGGAUGAGGAGUACUCACUACCUGCAACCCCGCCUCGAACUCUUCGUAAACAAAAACACACAAAGGAUGUGCAACGUUCAAGCUCCUAGCCAAGCCUGUUUCAUUUGGGAGGUUCAAGUAGAGAAGGCAGACAGAGUACAAACUGGAAACCUGCCAGCAGAAUGCUUGGAAUAUCUUCUGAGUUGCCAACUAGCCAGUCAAACCUUUGUGAAUUGGACUGCAGCAAUGAGUCUGGAAAACCCAGCAGUGACGGUGACGAAUCACCUGGAGCUUAACAUAUCUGCGCGCCUGGAAGAACACAAAACCUUUCUGGAAAAAGGUCCUCCGCACUUGUUAAGUGCACAGAGUCAGGGCCUCCUGGGAGUUGCACCACUUCAUUUGCACAGCCAUCAACCAACACCACAGAGUUGGAGAAGAAAGUGCUGCGCAGCCUCCACAUCAUGUCGUUGCGGCUUCUAGAGCACUCCGACCAGCUGGACAUAAUGUUAUCAUGUUUGCAAAAACACAAAGAGACAGACGAGUCAAACAUCAUUACACGUCCAUUUGGUGAUGUUGAAAGUUUCAUGAAGUUUGAUGAAGAACUGCAACACUCUCACAAGAAAAAGGAACAGCUGUGCUUUUCAGAUCGAAGGGAAUAGUGACAGCUUUAGUUAAUACCUGGACCUUCUCUUCAUAUACGAAGCGAAUAGUCAUGAAACCGAACAGUACUAAUGAAGAGACACAGUGGUCACACAAGCUGCUGCAGCAGCGACAGAUGAUAAAAAUUGGGGCCACAAGCAGUGGAGACAGAGCCAGGUGCACCCUCUACAAGAUAAUUGCAGAUGAGGUGGCACAGCAAUUCAACUGGGCAGGGGCAGGCGGCAAAAUGAAGUUCAGUUCAUUAGAGUGCUGCAACGCGAUGUGUAGUGCUAUCAGCAAAGCAACAAAUGAAGGGACACUCGCCGAAGUAGAGAAAGCAAUACAAACGUGGCUGAGGCAUGCACGUGAAAGGCUGAGCAAGAAAGCAGCAAAACAGCGUGCAGCAUAGUGGUUCUACUCCUCCAACCUCAUCAAGAGAGUUCAGGAAACACUGAAGAGCUUAGUGCAGCUGGACUGAAUGGUUUUCACAUUGUUCUCACAUAUUUUCAAGUUUUUGCAUGUAUGUAUGUGUAUACACAAGUCCCGCAAUGCAUCUGCAUUUUUUUAUAGCUUGGAAAACGUGAAGCCAGGGGCUUUUUCUGCUUUAUUCUUAAGCGUGCUGCAAAAAUUUGUUUUGUGAAAAGUGAAGUGAAAUGUUCAGGAAACACUGAAAAAUUUUUAUGCAGCUCUUAUGUUGUACCAAGUGGAUCUUGUAUUGUUUUUCCGUACUUUUACUACAAUUUUGAAGAUCUGUAUGUGUAUAUGCGGUUUCUGCCGCAUAUAUACUUCUGUGAUAUUUAUAGCUCAGAGAACAUAUGUCAAGCUGUGUGGUGCACUAGUCAUUGCCUUGUAGUAUCAUUAAAGCCGGACAAUUUUGAUUUCUGGAGGUAAGGAAGAUUUCAUUGGCUGUAGUAUGGGAUAGGAUGUGUGACGAAAGUAAAACAAGAAAAUGAGUGUGCUGGUCCUGCCUUUCCAAAGGUAACUGCUACUAACACUGUGCCUUGAUCCAUCUCUCUAUGACAGUCACACGUACGUCGACCACUGAGUGCACAGAAAAAGUGGACAGUGUCCAGCUUAGCAGCGCCAGUCAAUUUCCUACCCUGAAAUCAACAUACCUGAAUGUAAUUAUGCAGCAUACAUCCUAAUUCGUUAUACUAUACAGUGGUCAGUUCCACAAAUUCUACCAGAGACCAGUUCCUCAGAAAAAGUUUCUCUCGCAGGUGAGUUCACCUAGGAGUGCCUUCACACACCUCGCCCCUUUGGCAGCAUGCUUUCCCCCGUUCUCUCACACCCAUUACCUCUGGCUAAGGAAGUGCACUUCAUGUUUACAUUUCGUUCUGAGUGAUGAUGGAUAACCAUUUCAGAUGUUUCCAAACCGCCUGCUGCCAGAGUACACCUUCUAUUACACAGAUCCAAGUUUUUGUUGCCCUUGUGAGACAUCUGAAACUGCUAUCCGUCAUCACUCAGAACCAAAUCCAAGCAUGACUUCUACUUCCUUAGCCAGCGCGGCUGUAGUGCAUUCCUAGCAACGGGCGAGAAAUAACAGGUGAAAAGCAUGCCGGGAAAGGAGCAAGGUAUGCGAAAGUUACUAACAGGUAAGCCAUGGAGGUGCCUGGAGAUGGCGUGUCCAUCGCUGACGAAACUUUCUGUGAGAAACUAGUCUCUGGAAGAACUUGAGAAACCGACCGCUGCAUAUUAAUAAUGGAUUACA